ACCUUCACAUCUAGAUCGUGCAAAAGUCUCAUUUAUCGCAAAUAUGGUUGACUGGACUGAUUUCGAACGCAGCACCAUCCAGGACAUCUUUUCUAAGAUGGACUAUGACGUCGUGGGCCCCAAAUCCCUUGCCAGGUGUCUUGUCGUGUACCCAUGGACGCAGCGGUACUUUGGCAACUUUGGAAACCUGUACAAUGCUGCCGCCAUCAUGGGAAACCCAAUGGUCGCCAACCAUGGCAAGGUGGUGCUGCAUGGACUGGACAGAGCCGUCAAGAACAUGGACAACAUCAAAGAGACCUACGCUGAGUUGAGCGUCCUGCACUCCGAGAAACUGCACGUGGAUCCCGACAACUUCAGGCUGUUGGCUGAUUGCCUGAGUAUUGUUGUUGCUGCACAAAUGGGAGCUGCGUUUACCGCUGAUGUCCAGGCCGCAUUCCAGAAGUUCCUGGCCGUCGUGGUGACCUCCCUUGGCAGACAGUACCACUAGAGACUGUACACCUCCAGCAAGAGAGCAAAUCACCAUCUGAUGCUUUCUGUGUUUUUGCAGAUGUGUAUACGACGUUGCGCAAAUAAAAGUGUCCGCAAAAUUA